AUGGCAUCAAGUCAACCUUCGAUACAAUUUAGCGCCUCACGUCGUGCAGAACUCGAUAGUCAAUGUGAUGACCUUCUUAUCUCGGCAUUGAAAGAGCAUGAUAAAUUCCACACUGCGUCCGACUUACAAGACUGGCAAUUAGUUCGUCGCCGUAAUGCUUUGAACGUUUAUCGUCCACGAGUUGCCAUCACUCUACAAGAUCAGCAUUUUCUUUUGGGUAGUGGUAUCGUGCCUGGAACCCUUGACGACACUUUAAAUGGCGUCUACUGUGACACAACGGAAAGUUUACGUAUUUGCAAAACUCUUUUGAGUGAUAAAUUCUUGGAUGGUGCGGUAUUACGCGUUUUUGAAGCGCAUGACCUUCAAGCUCCAGUAAGUUUUGCCGGUAUUAAGUGGUUUAUGAUGCGGGGCAUUUUGGGAACCAGCGGACUAUUGAGUGACCGAGAUGUGCUCACGUAUGAGCGUAUGGGCCACUUUCGAGACCAAAGUGGUCAAUGCUAUGCAUAUCAUAUACUACAAUCAAUUGAUUUACCAGAAUACCCUGCGAAUCGAGAGCGAGGUGUUCAACGUGUGGACCUUUCAUUGUGUUAUCUCUAUCGUCAAUUAACUCCCGAUUGGCUCGGCUCUUUCGUCUUUGGAUACGUCAACUUAAAUACUAAUAUGCCCAUGAGUCUUGCGUCAUUUAUAGCUGCUGAAAAAAUACUAAGUGCAAACAAAUUCCUACGUUGUGCACGUGCUAAAUACUUUUCGGCACUCAUGGUGAAGAGCAUGGAAAUUGAAGUAGAUAAAGAGAGACCUGAAUGUGUUGUGUGUCGAGCUAUGCCUGCCAAGAUUCUUGGCUUGGCACAUAAAAUGUGUAUGGGUUGCCGUCGUCAAGUGUGUUGGAAAUGUCGUGAGCGUCGUCAGGUCUUCCACAUGCAAUUGCGAUCAGGUAAACCAGCAACGGAAUACUUUUGUCACUCUUGUGUGAAUUAUGUCACUGGAAAUGGAUAUGCUCAAACUUGUGCUGGACUGGACGACGUAUAUGAAAGAUUAUGUGGUACACGUAUCAAGUCAUUUCAAUCAAGUGAUGAGGGUACCGAAGAGUAUAACUCGAUGCGCUCAAAGUCGGAUGCGUCCAUGCGACUAUGCACACAGAAAGAAUUUAUCUGUCAGAGUUACAAGUGCAUGGCAAGCAACGAUGCGACGAUUACAUGGAAUGAAGCAGAAUUGCUCGAGAUUACACAAUUUCUCGAAACUUUGAGUAAUCGAUUCCGCCGUCGGGAGCGGCGCAAAUCAGGAUCAAGUCUACAUACAGUAUUACGACAAGGUACACGUUAUCGAUUUUUGAGCGAUAACAUAGUGAGCAGCUCGAUCAUUUCUACUGCGCAACAAGAGACACCCCCAGAUUACGACGUUCAAUACAACAACUUCGACAGCCCGUCUUCGUUAAGCAUGUAUAGUGCGGGCGAGAAUCAAUAUUUUGAAGAUGACGCAGACGAAUGUCGGUCACGGAUGGAGCCCAAGCAUUGUGUCAAAUGGACUGUUGUAUAUGAUGAAGAUGUACAAGAAUUUGUAAAGAUUCCUGUCCCUAUAACUCAUUCAACCAGAUCAUCCGAAGUUCAAUUGGAAGACAUUCGGGAAACGAAAAUCAUUCGUAUUGAUGAGCUGGAUUAA